AUGAGAACACAUCUCUCCAAACUCCAAACUGACUUCAACCAGUUCUUCCAUGACAUCGAAGAAAAGUCAGAGCAACUGGACUGGGUGAGGAACCCCUUCAGAGGGACUGAGAGCAGCAGCAGCCUUCCUGCCAGACUGCAGGAAAACCUGGUGGAUUUGUCCUUUGAUCUAAGGGUGGAAGCCUUUGCUUCCCUGUCUGCCUGCCUACAACAUGAUGCUGUGGCAACAUGGGCCCAUCUUGAUCCCGUGCUCAGAAACAUCAGGGUGAAAUAUCCGGAUGCAAAACACAUCCACUUCAUUUCAGAUGGCCCAACAUCACAGUACAGAAACCGUACCUUUUUCUAUUUAGCCUCCACUGUGCCCUUCAUCCAUGGUUUCCAAUGGGUGACCUGGAACUACACUGAGGCCUCACAUGGCAAAGGUGCACCGGAUGGAGUAGGUGGGGCCCUAAAAAACCUUGCCGACCGAAUAGUUUCCUAUGGGACCAGCAUACCUGAUGCGGAUGCACUGUAUGAGCAGCUGGAGAGAAAUUCUUCCGUGACCCUGUACAAGGUGUCAGAGGAGAAAAUCAAGGAAAGCUCUGAAUUGGUGCCCCCACACCUGAAAGCUGUUCCCGGGACAAUGAAAAUACACCAACUGACAUCCACAAAACCUGGAGUCAUAAACACAAGGCCAGUGUCCUGCUUUUGUGACAAAGAUUGUCAGUGCUUUCAACCAACUUGCCACGCUUUCUCUGAGGGAGGGGAGGAGGGCCCCGACAGCAUCGAGGAACCUGACAGCACCGAGGCCACCAUAGAGGUUGGACAGUGGGUCCUUGUUGAAUAUGACGGCGAUUUGUUUCCUGGCACAGUCAAACAGAUUGCUGAUGACCAGUAUGAAGUGGACACCAUGACGCGUGUAGGGGAAAACCGCUUCUAUGUCCCAAGCAUCAGAUUUCCUGGAGAAAUGGUCUGGUAUUACCGCCAGGACAUACGGGACAUAAUCCCAGAACCACUUCCUGCCAUCUCCUCUGCCAGACAUUUUUGCAUUUUGCCUGAUUUAUGGGAAAAACACAAAAUCCGCACAUGAUUCACUUUAUCACAUUAUUCUCAAAAAUGAUUCUGAUAAAAGGUUGAAUUGAAGGUCAGGACCAAAUGCUUUUAUAUUAAACUAAAAUAAUUGUAAGAUCAUAUGAUUGUAUGUUAAAUUGAAAUGUUUCUCAGGAUAACAUGAUAGGUGUAUGAUUGGUAAAUGUAUUUGUUUUAGUUGUUUACAUAGAUGGCAAAUGUUUUUUUAAGUUUUGUUUAACACAAGACAUGGUACUGUUAUGACCACUUUCAAUGAGCAAAUCAAGCUCUAUUCAUGAAAUAAAUAUUCUUUUAAAAAUUAUAUGUGUUACAUGUGUAAAAUAUGAAGGUAAGGCAUCAGGACUCUUGGUGAACAAUGAAUCUGAACUGAAUCUCAUUUCCGAAAUAUUGAACCUCAUUACCGAAACAGCAUUCUCAUUACCGCAAUAUGUGCUUUUUGUACAAACUACAUAAUUAUGAGUUAAUCAUACUUUGCUGAAAAAUAUAUAUGCACAUUAUAUAAAACAAUACUUAUUUCAGGUAUGCUUCAUAAAAAUGGUAAAUGUAAUCGUUUCGGCAAAAUAUUGAAAAAGUACGUCGCAAAUCAAAUUGUGUGUUUCGGUAAUGAGAAAUAUUAAGUCAAUUAUGAAAAAAUAUAAAUAUAAAAAAGUAUUUUUCCUAAAGUUAUACAUAGC